CAGUGACAAGGGGCUGGAAGAAUUGGGUGGAAGAGAGAAAUAUCUCUGGGUUUUGUAGCUUGGGCUCAUUUCAACCGUUGUCCACUGGAAUAGCGAGUUCCAUCAUGGUGCGUACAGUAGCAGUGAUUGGGGCGGGUCCCUCAGGUCUGACCAGCAUCAAGAGCUGUCUGGACGAGGGUCUGGAGCCCACCUGCUUCGAGAGCAGUGAUGACAUCGGGGGGCUGUGGAAGUUCAAGGAAGUUUCUGAGCCCAACAGAGCCAGUAUCUACCGUUCCCUCACCAUCAAUAUCUCCAAGGAGAUGAUGUGUUUCAGCGACUUCCCCAUCCCAGCUGACUACCCCAACUACAUGCACCACUCCCGUAUCCUGCAGUACUUCAGGCUCUAUGCUGAACACUUCAAACUGCUGCAGCACAUCCAGUUUCAGACCAGUGUGCAGAGUGUGAGACAGAGGCCAGACUUCAGUCAUUCAGGCCAGUGGGAGGUGGUGACAGAGAACAGGGAGGGACAGGAGGAGAGACACAUGUUUGACUCUGUCAUCGUCUGCUCUGGUCACUACUCCUUCCCACACCUUCCACUUAAAGACUUCUCAGGUAUUGAGUCGUUUGAGGGGAAGUACUUCCACAGUUGGGAUUAUAAGGGUCCAGAGGACCUUCAUGGGAAGAGGGUGGUGGUGAUCGGCAUCGGCAACUCUGGAGGAGACAUCGCUGUGGAGUCCAGCCGGGUGGCCGAGCAGGUGUAUCUGAGCACGCGUCGCGGUGCGUGGGUUAUACGUGUGCUGUCGGACAACGGCUUGCCCGUGGACAUGAAGUAUAACACACGCUUCGUCCACAUCCUGUUCCAACUGCUGCCAGUUAACUGGCUCAGCUGGUUCGGAGAGAAGAAGCUCAACGCCAUGUAUGACCACACCAUGUACGCCCUCAAACCCAAACACAGGUUGUUCAGUACGAUUCCAGUGAUAAAUGAUGAGCUUCCCAAUAAGAUCUUGACUGGUGGAGUCAUGGUCAAACCCAAUGUCCAACAGAUCAGAGGCUCCAGUGUGGUGUUUGAGGAUGGGAGUGUGGUGGACAAGGUGGAUGUGAUUGUGUUCGCUACGGGUUACAACUACGACUUUCCCUUCCUGCCUCCCAACAUAAUGCAUAAGUCUGGCCACCGGUUGGGGCUGUACAAGCAUGUGUUUCCCCCCCUGGAGCACCCCACCAUGGCCAUAGUAGGCUUCAUCCAUGCCCUGGGUGCCAUCAUGCCCCAGGCAGAGAUGCAGUCCCGCUGGGUCACACGUGUCUUUAAAGGUCAUAAGAAGCUACCGUCCAACCAGGCCAUGCUGAAGGCUGUGGAGUGCGACACCAAGGACAUGGACAAGAACUACAUCGUAUCCAAGCUGGUGCCGCUGCAGGUGGACUUUGUGUCCUACAUGGAUGACAUCGCUGGAGAGGUGGGGGUCAGACCCAGCCUGGCCUGGCUGUUCUUCACUGACUACCCCCUAUUCAAGAGGGUUCUGUGGGGUCCCGUCACUGCCUACCAAUACCGUAUCACCGGCCCAGGGAAAUGGUCCGGGGCACGCCGAGCCAUCUUCACCCAGUUUGAACGCAUGUUCCAGCCCUUCAAGACCAGACAGGUGGAGGAGAAGCAGGGAUGUUCUGUGGCGGGCCGUCUGCUAAAGCAAACCUUGCCCAGCCUCAUGCCCUGUCCGGCAGUCUCCGCUGCGAUGAUGGGAGGAGCAGCAGCCUACUACUUCCACCUCCAUCCACCCUCCUCCCUCACCUACCUUCUCUCCAAACUCACACCUCAGAGAGCCUGAACACCAUCUACCUCCACCUCCCUCCUCUCCACCCUCAACCCCCAGAGAGCCUGAACACCAUCUUCCUCCACCUCCCUC